AUGCGGACUUUCAGCCCCACGGCGCCGGCCACCGUCGUUACUGCCUACGGCUUGCCGUUACCCGAACCUGCUAACCCGCCCCCAUUAUUAGCAUCAGCAUCUACGGCACAUGGUUCGUCCCAUUUACGACACGAUGAAGACAGUGGUGGGCAUAAAAAUGCAUUUCCUCGCAUCAGUCGGCCUGUUGAGCUGAUGAGGAGCUCAUACGACUGUGUCGUCAUCGGCUCAGGUUAUGGCGGUGCGGUGGCAGCAGCUCGCAUGGCUCGUGCAGGCCAGAGUGUCUGUCUGUUGGAACUAGGCAAGGAACGAUGGCCCGGCGAGUAUCCGGUAAGUCCCGCGGAUGCCUUCUCGGAGCUGCACUGCUCGGGAGAGCUACAACCGUCUAUCCUGACGGACAGCAUCGGCAUCGACACGGGCCGGCCCACGGGCAUGUACCAUUUGAUAUUUGGCAAAGGACAGAACGCUGUAGUGGCCAACGGACUCGGAGGAACAAGCUUGAUCAACGCAAACAUAUUUCUCCGGGCCGACGAGAAGACCAUGGCCAUGACGGCCUGGCCACCUGAGCUGCACUACGACAAGGUCGAGUCAGUCCUCGAGCCUGAACCGUACCCAGACGAUUGGCCAGUGUUGCCCAAACUCGGCCUUCUCAAACAGCAAGCGGAGCACCUCAACAUGGGCAGCAAGUUCUACCGGCCCAAGCAAACGACACGAUUCCGCAAUGGGCCCAACAGAUGCGGCGUCGAGAUGUCGGCUUCCUCUCUCACAGGUCAGGAUUGCACGGGCGUCAACGACGGAUCCAAGACGACGACUCUCGUCACGUAUCUGGCCGACGCCUGGAACUGGGGUGCCGAGAUGUUUUGCGAGUGCGAAGUUCGCUACAUUGAACAGGUGACGGACAGCCGCGGCGGCUACCGUAUUUACUUUGCGUGGCAUGGCCGCAACCGCGGCCACUUCAAGGCCAACGUCCGCGGCGACCUCCUGUGGGUGUACGCCCGUGAGGCGGUCUUUCUGGGCGCGGGCGCCAUCGGCACCACCGAAAUCCUGCUGCGCAGCAAGGCCAUGCGCGGUCUGGGACUGAGUGACAGCGUGGGCCAGAACAUGAGCGGCAACGGCGAUAUUUUGGCAUUUGGCUACAACACGGAGCAUCUCACAAAUGCCGUCGGCCGCGCCAACCCAUCGCCCUAUCACCCCGUCGGGCCGACCGUCACGGGCAUCAUCGACAACCGCGGCGGCAGUGGCAACCCGCUGGACGGGUAUGUCAUUGAAGAGGGGGCCGUUCCGCAAGCAUUGGCCGGCUUCUUGCAGACCAUGCUGGAGCUGCUGCCAGGAUCCACGGCGCCGCGAGGAGAGUCCCUGCUGCAGCGCUCACAGUCGAUGCUGGCACGCUUGGGAAGCCGCCUGCUGGGGCCGUACUUCCGGCAGGGUGCGGUCGAGCGGACACAGGUGUACCUGGUCAUGUCGCAUGACAGCAACCAGGCGGUGUUGUCGCUGAAAGACGACAAGCCCGUGCUCGAGUUUCUUGGGGUGGCGCGCAGCGACCAUGUCAAAUACAUCAACAGCGUGCUGGCCAAAGCGACCGAGGCAGUCGGCGGCACCCUCGUGGGCAACCCGUUCUUUGCUCUGAUGGACCAACAGGUCACUGUGCAUCCAGUUGGAGGAGCUGCCCUGGCUAGUGACAAUACUGGUGCGACGGGUGCCGCAGACCACAUGGGCCGGCUCUUUGCAGGGAACGGCAGCGAGGUGCACCCCGGCCUGAUCGUCACCGACGGAGCGGCGAUCCCGACGGCCCUCGGCGUGAAUCCGUUUGCGACGAUUGCGGCCCUUGCCGAGCGGUCGGUUGAUUUAUACGCCAAGUCUCGGGGGCUUACCAUCUGUUCUGAGGACAACGGGCUGCUUGACUUAUUCGGCGAACCUGCCCAUCCUUUCCGACACGGAGAUGCCUCUCUUGACGACAGCAGAAGUUGGCGAGAAAGCAGCAGCUGUAACAUUUCGGAUGAGACUGGGAGCAAGCUUGACGUUGAGGACGACGAUACCGCAUCAAAGGGAGACGCCGGCAAGUCGCAAUAUGAGUGGGAGGUUGUGAACAACGACAACGACAGCGACAGCGACACUGACAGCGAGAGUGUGCAGCACGCAAACAAGAUUAUUGCGCGCGCAGCCCGACUUCGUGCCGGCGGAUUCGGAUUCACCGAGGUCAUGUCGGGGUUCUUACACCGCUGCGACGGCAGCAACACCGACACCAGCGCAGAGAACAGCAUGAAACAAGACCGGCGUGACGUGUACGAGCUGGCCUACCGCCGAGCCGAGAGUCUGUGCGAGAGCGCGCGGUUCUUCCUCAGCGUGCAGGCCUUUGACACCAGCGAAGUUGUGCACGAUCCGGCCCACCAGGGCAUGCUGACGGGCACGUUUGUCUGUCCGACACUCCCCGGGUCGCCGUUCAUGGUGCAGCGUGGUGCCUUCAGCUUGUUCGUCAUGGAACACCAGGCACCGGGCACGCGGAACAUGACGUACGACUUUGACCUGCGCGGAACAGAUGGUCAUACGCUGCACUUCCAUGGAUACAAGGUCGUCGACUCGUCUGUGGCCCUGGCGCCUCUGCAGCUGUGGCGCGCCACGACCACGCUCUACGUGACCAUCACGAGGCGCACCAAACGACCCCAUCAAUCACGGGGACUGCUUAUGGAUGCCUGUGCAUCGUCGGACGAGGCAUGGCGGCAUGAACCAGUCCUGGCCAAAGGCAUCAUGCACGUCAAGCCCACAGAUUUCAUGUCCGAGAUCUUGACCUUGACACCGACGGGCAGCAGCCUGCUUCAAAAGGCAAUCAGUGCGGCCAGCUUCAUGACAUACUUUGCACGCAAGUCCCUGGGCCUGUUCCUGGCUCCGCUUGCGGCGCUGCAGUACCCGACACAGACAUACAACGGCUACAUCAACCACACACCGCCGACGCGCCUGUGGACCGACAUCCGUGCGUCGGAUGGUGUCCACUCCCGUCUGUACAUGUAUGAUCCCCCACCGCAGUACGUCGUGCGACAGACGAGAGGGGGCAGUGAUGCUUUGCCUUGCAUACUCUUUGUGCCCGGCGCCUCGGUAGACCACCAGAUCUUUGCGCUGCCGACCAUUCCGUUCAACACGGUGAACUACUUUACGCGUGCAGGCUACCGUGUCUUUGUGAUGGUGCCGCGCAUCGGGCAGCUCACGCUGGCCGACAACAGCUGGACGACCUACGAUGCACGGCUCGACAUUCGCGCGGCAUUUGAGCGCAUUCGUGCCGAGUACGGCGACCGCAAGGUGUACACUGUGGCCCACUGCAUGGGCUCGGUGGCGUUAGCAACGGGUCUCUUGGACGGAACGAUCCCCGCAGACUGGCUCCUCGGCCUCGCCUGCUCUCAAGUGUUUAUGAAUCCCAUCUGGAACGCGGCGAACAUGAUGAAGGCGCUGACUGCGACAAAGGGCCCCUUUGGGCUGGAUCGCAUCUACCGCGCUGUUGCCGGCUCGUGGUUUGAUUGUGGCACCCGCCCAAACGACGCACUCGUCCAGCGCCUCCUCAACCAAGCUUUGCGGUUCAUGCCCACCACCAAACGCCGCGAGCUCUGCAACAGCGCCGUCUGCCACCGCAUCUCGCUCGUCUACGGCCGCUGCUGGAACCACGCCAACCUGAACGAGGCCACCCACCGCCAGAUGGACCGCUUCUUUGGCGGCAUCAACAUGACCAUGCUGCGCCUGCUCAUGCUGCAGGGCAGCCAGGGCCAUGUCAUGACCAACGGCCCCGCGUACGACGUGCUGACCACGCCGGACAAUGUCCACAAGCAUCUCCGCGGCCUGCCCAUCUUUCAGUUUGUCGGCGGCGACAAUGCCGUCUUGUCGCCGCGGGCCACGGAAAAGACAUACGAGAUUCUCUGCGACACGUUUGGCACCGCAAGUGGCCACUACCGUCGCCACGUGAUUCCGGGCUACGGCCACCUCGACUGCUGGAUGGGCCGCAGAGCCUGGAAGGAUGUGUACCCGGUGCUGCGGGCCGAGGUCGACCGUGUUGUGCACGGCGAGAGCUACCAGUUUGAGGAGCCGGACGCGAGCGUGUGCCGCUUCACACGCAUGAUGGAGGCGGGUGAGCUGUAA